GCUCGUCCGCUUAUUCUGGUCAAUGCUAACUCCAAUUUCUCGUUUUUGAUCUUCUUGUUACACUCGUAAUCAUAUUACUUCCUCCCAUUUUGUGCUUCCAUCAGUGAAACACAGAGCGAGUAUAAAGGGUAAAAGGUCCCGAAACACCCCUGCUAGAAGUCCAGGCCCAGGUCCAUUUUCACAUCCAGUCCAGCUCAGCCAAGCCAAGCUGACUGGACGGGAUAGCCAACCAACCAACCUCGCGCCUCGCGAGCGCCUGACAACUGCGGCUGUGCUGUGCUGUGCUGAGCUGUGCAUUGCUUUGCCUGGAAGUUGGAGGCAAUAGUCUUCAUCUUCUUCUGUUGUGGUCCUGUUCCUCUUAAUCUUUUUCCUGUCAAUCAAACCUUCUUACCCAGGAACAACGCCUUUUGCCGCAAUCGUUGAAUCUUAUACGAGACUCUGUACUCCCACUUCGUAUCGGCAAGCAUCGAUCAUCCAAUCGGGCGCGCCUCUGUGUGGUCCUCUUCUAUCCGCCCUCUCCGACGAAUUGUCGCUGGCAAUUCAAUCUCAUUACCAGUACAAUUAACUCCUUCUUCUGCUGAAUGGUGCAGUUCGGUUUGACAUGCAUCUGAACGUUCCAAUACCGCGUGGCUGGGAUGCCACCGUGAGCGCAGUUCAACCUCGAGAAACGUCAUCUAGCAACGGAGGUGGGGGAACCAAUAAUACAGUUGUCUUUAUUGUCAUCGGUAGUAUUGCCGGUGUAGUGGUAGCCAUUACUUUGGCUGUUUGCAUAACGAAGGCGCGACAAAAGAAGAAGCCGACAGAAAGUAAAAAGAAGGGGGGCUUUCUUGAACGAAUAAGAGGUCGAUCGGGGCAGGGCAAUUACGAACAGACGGCUGGUGAAGAUGGUGGGGAGAACGGAAGACAAUCACAUCAGCUCGAUCCCACUUCUACUUCAACCAAUAACCGACAAAAUCGCAACAGUGCCAAUAACGGUGCCAACGCUGGUGCAACCGUCGACCGAAAUACUUCCGUCCGCUCUGUGCUUACAUUACCGGCGUAUCGGCAGAGCGCAAGCCAUAAUGAAAGGGUCCUGGGACGAGAAGGCGAGCGAGAUGGCGUGGACGUGAUCAUCGACCUGCCAACUGCAGAGGCAGAGGAAGAAGCGCGAAAUGAAGAAAUGGAGACUCUCUACCAGAUCAGACUGGCUCGACGACAAGCUCUCGCUGAGCGUGAGGAGCGUAGAGAGCGACGCCGCGAGGCACGGCUCAGAAACGACUAUCGCGAGCUCGAGGCGAUCAGAGCCGAGACCCGUGCUGCGAACGAGGACAACACUAUUGCCGAACUACGAACGACUGUGGACCAGAUCAAGGACAACAGGCAGAGAUCUGUGUCAAGUGUAUCAUAUGCAGACGUAGGUGUUGCACGACAUGACGGAACGAGAAUUAGAGCAAACAGUAGCGAGAGUGAGCGUGUUGGCCUGCUCUCAGAUGCUGCGAGCAUGCAAUCGGGACAUCAACGGGGGCGCAGCUAUAGCUCUGCUGCUAGUCAUGACGACGACUUUGCAAGUCUGGCGCCUACACGUUCGCAAGGGGCUUCUAUUCGAUCAGGCAGUGCAGAUGGCAGAGCUGGCUCGAGUCCUGAGUUGGUAGAAGCAGAUCUUGGUGAAGAGGCGAUGCCCCCUCCCGAGUACGAGGAUAUACCGCUCACUGAUGACCGAUCCUCAAAUCACGGUCCCCCGCCUGAGUAUCCCGGCCCUGAACGCUCCUCAUCGCAGAGAACACAGCGAACUACGGAGCAGGAUCUUGGGUCAGAUUGGCAUGAGAUGGACCCAGCUUCAGAUGGACAAAGUAGCAGUCCACCAAGCGGUCAGAGCCUUGGUAGCGCGCCUCAACUGCCCAGCUUAAGAAUACCGCAACUCCCUGAGAUCGUGAUUGAACCAUCAAGCGCACAUCCACGAGACGACGAGCAACGAUCACCACACCGAUGAUAUAUGAAGUCUUUCUUUUAGCUGGUUUUAUUUUUUUAUAUUAACUUCUCACAUGGGAUUGGUUUAGAGUUUUGAACUCUCGAUGUAUCAAAUCAUCUAACGGAAGCAUGGAGUUUGGAUUGUUUUGGACCUCUUGAAAGGUACUUUGGCUUUAUACUCAGGACGGGGUUGGGCCUCAGAGGCGGCAUUCAUAUUGAUACUAUUGAGUACCGCUUACAGUGUGGCGUUGAUAUUGGCAGAUAUUGAGCUUCGAUGUGAGAUAGCUGAUAUACAGAAAAUGUCAGACUUUGGGAGUCUAGCACACUUACACAGCAUGCAAGUCUGGUGAGGCUAUCAUGUGAUAAUGCCAUUUGAUAGUACGUUGGCACGAGCCUUUGUAAGUUGAUCGUAAGCCUCAAGUCAAGCCUGAGACUGUUACUGACUGAGUGAGGGUCCGGGCAUGAGAUUUAUAUGCAAAGUCGUCCCAUUGAUAAUGCGAGAGUGGAUGCUCGAGGGCGGUUGGUAAUGGGGCAAGUGGUUCAGCGGAGCUUCAGCUGCAAGGGGCCAAGAAUAAUCAGGACGACGGUUGUUGAGAUCCACUGAAGACAUGCUAAUCGUGCAUCAGCAAGAGAUUGAGGAUGUCGGUGAGAAAGAAGACAGAAGAAGGAGAUGAUGAUGUAGAAUCAAGAAGAAAGACGAGGUGAGAUGGCAUGUGGGUAACGGAUAUACAAGCAUCGAAAACAGGAAACCGGAUCCAGCAAGUGCCGGAGCUCGAAGCCUGAAGUCCUGUACAAAAAUUGCAGAAUGAAACAUACUGGCUUAUCAAAUGUUUGGAUAAGAUAGAGAGGCAAGAUAAAAAUCAUAAGAUUUGCAAUAACCGCGCGCAGUCGGACAG